ACACACACACACACACACACACACACACACGCCCUUGCAGGAUAUAUAAGCAGACGCAGAGGACUCUCGGACGGAGAAGCAGCAGCAGACCGACUCCAACCAACAGCGGCUUCUCUGUCCAACUUCCUCUGAAGACACAAGACAUAAAGUUUUCAUCUUCGUGGAUCAUCCACCCACCAACCCACCAUGUCUGAUCAGGGUACCACCCCGACUCCCUCCCCUGCCCCCCCUGCACCCACUGGACGCCCCCCCAAGGUGACGAACCGCGGCCGCACCGCGGUGCCCGUCGCCAGCUCCAACUCCGACUCGACGGACAUGCCCGAGUUUGAGCUCUUCGGUUCGCCGGGCCCGAGAGGGCUGCCACCUCUGACUGAGUACCUUGAUAUCUUCGACGUGGACAUGAUGAGACGGCCCGACGAGAGCAACAAGAUGCAACACCACACCGCGUUUUACAGCUCCGACCAGCUCGUCGUCCGUCGGGGACAAGAGUUCCAGGUCAACAUCACUUUCAACCGUCCCUACGAUCCUGCUCGCGACAAGAUCGCCGUGGAGUUUGUCAUCGGCUCCAGCCCUCAGUACAGCAAGGGCACCUACAUCCCCGUCUUCCCCACCAAGCAGCGCAAGGGCUCCUGGGAAGGCCGCAUCACGAACAAGUCAGACAAAACGGUCACCAUGGGCAUCACUCCUACGGCCAACUGCAUCGUGGGGAAGUACCACAUGUAUGUCGCCGUGUCGACGCCUUUCGGCAUCCGCAGGACGAGGAAGGACCACAGCCGGGACCUCUACAUCCUCUUCAACCCCUGGGUGGCAGACGAUGCCGUGUUUCUGGAUGACGAGCCAGAGAGGGAGGAGUGCGUGAUGUCUGAGAUGGGGCUCAUCUUCCACGGCUCCUCUGACGACGUCUCGGAGAGAAACUGGAACUAUGGACAGUUUAACUAUGGGAUCCUGGAUGCCUGUCUGUACAUCAUGGACAGGGCUGAGAUGCCCAUCACCGACAGAGGAGACCCCAUCAAGAUCAGCAGGAAGGCCUCUGCGAUGCUGAACUCUCGCGACGACGAGGGCGUGCUGGUGGGGAGCUGGUCCGGCGACUACACCUACGGUGUGGCGCCCACAUCAUGGACCGGCAGCACUGACAUCCUGCUCGGCUACGCCAGCAGCAAGAUGCCCGUCUGCUACGCUCAGUGCUGGGUCUACGCCGCCGUCUUCAACACCUUUCUUCGCUGUCUCGGCAUCCCAUCCCGGGUCGUCACCAACUUCUACUCCGCCCACGACAACGACGGGAACCUGAAGACUGACAUCAUCCUGGACGACAACGGCAGGAUUGACCGCAACCUCACCAGGGACUCCAUCUGGAACUAUCAUUGCUGGAACGAGUGCUUCAUGUCCAGGCCAGACCUCCCUCCUGGCUUUGGAGGUUGGCAAGUUGUGGAUGCAACACCACAGGAGACCAGUGAUGGCAUGUAUAGAUGUGGUCCUGCCUCUGUCAAGGCCAUCAAACAUGGGCAGAUUUGCUUCCCCUUCGAUGCUGCCUUUGUCUUUGCUGAGGUCAACAGCGACGUGGUGUUUUAUUCCCGGAGCAGAGACGGGACCAUGGAGCCGGUCAAAGUCAACCGGACUCACGUGGGCCGCAUGGUCUUGACUAAGACUCCGGGAGAGAUGACCCGCCGCGACAUCACCGACCAGUACAAGUUCUCUGAAGGCAGUGCAGAAGAGCGGACCGUCCUGGAGAAAGCAGAGGAGUAUGGCUGCAAACGAGAGAAGUCCAAUCCUCCUCCGGCCGACGUGGACCUGGUCCUGCCCACCCUGGAGGUCAGCGUCGGCGACGACUUUUCGUUCAGCCUGGAGCUCGUCAACCGCAGUGACCAGCAGCGGACCGUGGACGCCUACAUCAGCGGCAGCGUGGUGUUUUACACUGGAGUCACCAGCUCCGAGUUCCUGUUCAUGACUCCCACAGUGGAGAUUGAACCCAACAAAUCUGUUAAGGAGUUGGUGGAGGUUCAGUCAAAGAGCUACAUGAAGCAGCUGGUCGAACAGGCCAACCUUCACUUCAUCGUCACUGGGAAGGUCAAGGAGACCGGCCAGAUUGUCACCGCCAUGAAAGUCGUCAACCUACACAAUCCCAAACUCAUCAUUGAGGUAUCCGGUGGAGGCAAAGUCAGUGAAGAGAUGAUGGCAAGUGUCCAGUUUACCAACCCCUUCACCUUCAGCCUGGAGGGCGUCUACAUUCGCAUGGAAGGACCCGGGAUCAUGCCGCCCAAAUUCAAAUAUUACAGUCUGAUCGCAGGAGGCUCCUCUCUGACCUGGACCGAGUUUUUCAUCCCGCUGAGGGCCGGCUCCACCCGAGUGAUCGCCACUCUGGACUGUCCUUCUCUCAGGCAGGUCCUCGGCCAGGCGACCAUCACCAUCGAGCCCUGAGGGUCUCCAUAGCCUCCCCGAUGCCCUGACAUCAUUUAACUCACUAUACACUUUAGCCAAAUAUAUAGAGCUAUAGUAUUAUAUAUAGCUAUGUAACUGUAGGUUCACAACAGGUAUAGCUUCUGCACUUGUAACAAUGGUUAUAGUUUUCAUAUAGUGGUAGGCGUAAGAAUAGCGUGUGCAUUAGGAUUUCUCUGAAUAUAGUCAUUAAAGAAAAAAUUCAAUUUGUUAACACACAAGAGGGUAAUCAUACUUAACCCUGUAAAAAAUUGGGAAAUAGUGGAUCCACGAAUAAUACCUCCAAUUGGGUUUUUCGGUCAACUGGGGAGCAGAGUUCGGUGACAAUUCUCUGUGGAUAUGAACAACUCGUUGGAAGCUAUGUUUCAUUUCAAAUACAAAAUAUUGAUUAAUGCAGCUUCAACUUGGCUACUUAUCAAAUGUUAGUCCCAUAUAACUACAAUUAAUACAAAAAUAUCAACAUUUCUUAUUUGAGUAAAGUGUUCCUACACCUCUUUAUAUAACUGUAUACAUGAACAAUUUGCAAUCAUCAACAGAAUAAAACAUUAGCAACUGCA